UUUUUUUUUUAAAUUAAAAUAUAAUAUAAAUUGAUAAUAUUUUGUUUCCUUUUUUAAAAGAUAUCAAAUUUGAAAUAAUGAAAUCCUAUUGGAAUCCUAGGGGGUGAACUCAAGAAUAACUCUUUUAAGUUAUAGAGUUUUGUUUAGAGAUGCUGGUCCCUAAUUCUUUGUAUUUAACGAUUUCUUCUAUGUUUAAUUUACAAAAGACUUUGACAUAGAUAGUUUGCAAUUAUGUGCCAUUCAAUAUUAAGGUAAAUUCCGCCGGUAUUAAUAUAAUACUGUCUCCUUCCUUUUGACAUCAUUUAUAUACUACUGUAUAUGAAAGUGAAAACUCCCGACAAAAGAAAAUUAAGAGUAAAGACUAAAAUGCACCAUAACAUAAAAACAAUAUUCAAUGUACAAUGUUCUUUCUUUAUGUUUAUUUUCUGUCCAACCCUUCUCUCUCUUGCGUCCCUUUCCAAUGCACUUACAAAAUUAAAUAUAGUUUCCAAUUUGCUCUCCAACCAUAGUCUCAUUUCGGGUAUAAAUAACCUCAUCCAAACACAAACCAUCAAUAUUUGCAGAUAUCAUAAUACACUCAAAAGCAUAUCAAUAUUUGGUUAAACGGAGAAUGAGUCCGGUGGCUUCAACAAGGUGGUGUCCGACCACGGAGCAACUGAUGAUCCUGGAAGAAAUGUACCGGACCGGUAUACGGACUCCUAAUGCGGUGCAGAUACAACAGAUCACAGCUCACUUAGCUUUGUAUGGACGUAUUGAGGGCAAAAACGUGUUUUACUGGUUUCAGAACCAUAAGGCAAGAGAUAGACAGAAGCUGAGGAAGAAACUCGCUAAGCAACUUCACCAACAACAACUACAACAAAUUAAACUCAAACCAAUAUCGAUGGUAUCUGGCAUCAUCGAUCAUCACAAUCCUUACUACCAUAGUCACCAUCGUCCGUAUGAUCAUAUGUCUUUCGCUUGCUGCUCUCAGCCUCCUCCCGUUUGUCUUUCUUAUCAGGGAAUUGGAGUAGAAGUUCAAAGCAAAGUGGUGAAUGAAUAUUAUUACAACAAAAGUGGACCUGAAGAUAUGUUGAUGCAAAAACCAAUCACGGGCCAAAACUCAUCGUACGAUCGAGAUUGGAUGAUGAUGAUGGAUAUGGGUCCACGACCAUCAUAUUCCUCAUCAUCACCAAUUCCAUGUUGCAACAUGAUGAUGAACAGUCCAAAGAUACCACCAAAAACCCUUGAACUCUUCCCAGUCUCAUCCAUCAACUCCAAACAAGACAGUUCCAAACUCUAAAGAUAACAUUUACAAAAGAGAUCCUGCAGGUGUUUCAUUCAUGUAUCAUAUAUUAUGUGUGUCAAAGUACGAAAACACGUGUACUUGAGGGGUAAAUUUUUAGCCGUUGGAUAAAAUUAGUUGAGUUAAUGAAAUGUUUAAUAGGUAUACAUCUCUCUCUCUUUCUCUCUUUCUCUCUGCAGUAGAAUUAAUAGGAAGUUUUAAUAAUUUAUAAAUAUUUAAUUUUACAAGAUGUUUGAUGGUGGAUGUGUAUUCGUUGUAAAAUUAAGUAUCAUGGUUUCUGUAAUUGCAUGCAUGUAUGCACGUGUAGGCUAUAUUGUCUUUAGGACUAGACAGUGCGAAAAACCUCAUUUGUCUAAUGUGUAACCUAGCCAUACCCUUUAUUUUGAUGUGGUCACCGUCCUUUUGAUGUGUACUAUGAUUCUUCCUUUUUGGUUUUUUUUUAUUUCCCACUAUCUAUCCUACACUAAAGGGUAAUACUCUCGAUGCUUAGCUAUGUC